UAUAUAAUCAUCGAUAAACCCGAGAUGGCUAAUGAUAGCGCAAAUAAGAUAGCAGCAGCAAAAUAACCCUAAUUUYGUGAGGUGAUAAAGGAGGAAUUGCGAGAGGCGCUCACAGGCUUACGAGAGGAACUUUGAGAAGAUGUAAGAAAAUAACUAAAUGAGUUCAAGAAGGACACUAACCAUAAACUUGAAGAAAACAAAUCAGAACUUCACAGCAUAUCUACAAGAAUGGGGGACGCAGAACAGCGCAUUGGGGAAACGGACACAUGGAACUUCGCAGUCAAGGAAAUACUUGAACAGUCACUGAAAAGCCAACACGCACUACAGGCAAAAGUGACAGAACUCGAAGGUUUCUCACGUCGAAACAACAUUAGACUUUAUAACGUAGUAGAGGGCGCAGAAAAAGACUAUGCCCAACUUGGUGGAGGGUCGAUUCAAGGACAUACUUGAAGACGGCAUGGACCUGGGAAUGGAGAGAGCACACCGAGCUCUGGCCUCAAACCCCCCCAGCGGCGCCCCACCAAGAUCCAUAGUAGUACGGUUCCUAAAACUCUCAGUCAAAGAGAAAGUCUUACAUGCAACCUGGAAAAAGCCUGUUAACGAGUGUUCUUUGAUCAUGACUACGUGGGAGAGAAACUGAAAAGAAGGAAAGAAUACACCCCCAUUAAGAAAGCACUUAAAGAGAAGGGUAUUCGCUUCCAAACACCAUUCCCGGCAAAAAUGCGGGUAUUUCUGGAAAAAUGGCCCGGUUACAUACGAGCAUGCAGACGAGGCGGCUGAGGACCUGAAGUCGAGGGGCUUCCCAGUGGAGUAUACCGCCAGGAGAAAGGCGACAUCACCGGUGGAAAGACUCGAGCAGGCUCUCCCAUCGAUCGUUGUCGACAAGCUGAGUCAUGAAGAAAGAGGGAAACCACCUCGUCGAGAGGACGUUCACAUCCGAGAGAGACUCRGGCAUUUCCAACGCGAAGAUGGAAGACACUGAAUUGGAUUUAACAGAAUUAAUAGUUACCGCAAGCUGUUAAGACGUUGGGUUGUUAAGGUUAACAUUGCAAUAGUACUGUACAGGAGGUCUGAAACCAGAUUGAUGACGUAUAUUCCAGCUGAAGGUCGAUUGAAGGAGCACCGCCUUCUCACAAAUUUGGAGCUUCACUCCCACUCACUUCCUCAGCAACAGCAGGAGAAAAGAACAGUAGGGAGCCAUAGAUGUGGACAAGCCAAAAGGUCAACAUCUCAUCAGAUACUGUUCUGUCUGAGAGGACCAGAAGGUGUGGGAAGAGGAUUGUCUCUUCUCUGCCUGAGAUAGAUCUGCCCCAAGGUGAGGAGCAUCAAACAGACAGAGCUGGAGCCCUUGGUGAGACAAGCAACCCAGAACAGAACUCACACAGGGAGUGAGGAAGCCCUAUAUGGAUGUGAUAGACGUCAGUUGGGGAGACCCACACAGAGGAGGGCUCAAACCCUUGACUUUCGUCCGACAGGUUCUUGCAGCCUGCUUCUACCCUGAGCUGGUCCAAAGUGAUAAACUGCCAGUGGACGUUAAACAGAGGGCCCGAAGCCUACUGAGCGCAUGUGAUGGGGGGAGUGUAGGCUCAUACACGCUCUCUGRUGGUAUCUCUUAUAUACAGUGCAGUGUGUCCAACUUCAUCUCUCGCCGAGAUGGUGGUGUACCAUCGUCCCCCGAGAAUAUCUUCAUGACAUCUGGCUCCCAGAGGUCUUUAAUGCUGGUUCUGAAGCUGUUGGUCCACAAUCAGGCCUCACUCCCGACAGGUGUGCUGACCGCUGUGCCCAGCUACACUGCUUUCAAAAGUGCGUUGCAAACGCUCGGUGCAGCCGUUGUUCCCUACUACCUAGAUGAGGAGCAGGGUUGGGCAAUGGAGGUGGAGGAGCUACGCAGAGCACUACAGGCCUCUAAGGGUGUCUGCAACACAGUUGCCCUGUAUGUCAUCAACCCGGGGAAUCCUACAGGUCAUGUUCAGAGCAGGAAGUGUAUUGAAGAGGUGAUCCGAUUCGCUGCUGAGGAGAGGCUCUUCCUCAUGGCUGAUGAGGUGUAUCAGGAAAGUUUGUUCGGGGAGGGCAGUGAGUUUGUCUCCUAUAAGAAGGUUCUAUCUGAGAUGGGGCCUCCUCUCUCUCACACAGUGGAGCUGGCCUCUUUCCACUCAGCAUCCAAAGGCUUCAUGGGAGAGUGUGGGCUACGCGGGGGGUACGUGGAGCUGGUGAACCUUGACCCCGCCGUCAUGAGGUACGCCUACACCAUCUUCUCCACUGACAUCUGUGCCCCUGUGACUGGUCAGCUAGCCCUGGAGCUCAUGGCUAACCCUCCCAGGCCAGGGGACCCCUCAUACCCGGUCUACGCCCAGGAGACCCAGGCUAUCCAGGCCAUGCUGGUCCAUAACAUGAACUGGGUCCCAGAGGUUCUGAACAAUAUCCCAGGGAUCAGCUGUCAGCCGAUGAUGGGAGGAGCUUUCGUAUUCCCCAGGCUGUAUCUACCCCAAGCAGCCAUCGAGAAGGCCAAGGUGGUGGGGAUGCAGCCUGACCUGUGGUACUGUAAACGGUUACUAGAGGAGGCAGGAGUGUGUGUGCGACCGGGGUGUGAGUAUGGACAGACGGAAGGCACUCACCACAUCAGACUGUGUGUCAUGACCCCAGUGGAGACCAUGGAAGAGGUACUGAAACGCCUGAAGAACUUCCACCUGCACUUCCUCAAGGAGUUCUCCUGAAAACUGGCUUCACCUUACAGUCCAAUGAUGAAUAAUACAUUUAACUUCAGACACAAUCACAGUACAGAGAAGAAAAUUGCAACCAGUAACAUUGUUUAACAUCUUUAUCUUUCAACAGACCAUAAUUAAAUAAUAAAUUAAGACAACACAUGACCUGAGUUGAACAAUUCUGGAUUUGGAUAGAACAAAGAUGGGCGUGAGCGGCUUUUAAUAUAAUUAUUAUGCUUCAAGUCAUGCAUGUACACAGAAAAAGCAUAUUCUCCGUAUUUUGUCAAACUUCGGCAUUAGAGAAUGAAAAUACGUGUCUCAGACGGUGUAGAUCCCCUCUAAAUACUCAGAAAGACUCUUCUUAACAAUAAGAACUUUACCUUGUUAGGAUCUGCCAUUGUGGGGCAGAGAUAUUGGAACUAAGGGGAUAAGUCAAAGUUGACAUUUUUAAGGUAAGGAUAGAUUUUGGAUAGAUAGGUAAGGAUAGAUUUUGGCCACUUAAAUACCAGUACCUGUAAAAUUGCAAAGUCCGUCAUGUCAAUUCAAUACUUACUAUGACUGUGAUAUGUGUUUGUCUCACCUAGCUAUCAUAAAAUGAAUGCAUUAACUGUAAGUCGCUCUGCAUAAGAACAUCUGCUAAAUUACUAAGAUGUAAAAAUGAUGACAAAAAAAAUACUUUUUAAAGCAUUGGAUGCAAUCUGUGUUGAGUUACUCCAAUGGCAUUUCAAGGGGAAUUUAGCCACCCUCUAGUUUGUCAGGAUAAAAACACUUAAUCCAAGACAUUUGUUAUUCUAUAACAAAUAACAGUUUUAAUGUCAUAUUCAAUAUGACAUUAAAAGCAUUUAAAGCUGGAUGUUUUAAAUCA